AUGAAGGCCUUCCUCAUCCUCUCGACGAUGGCGGCGGCGGCGUCAGCCAAGGUCGCCAGCUCCGUGCUCCGUGCGCUCGAAGUCGAUGGCAACGCUGAUGUCUUUGUUCGGUUCGCGGACGCGUCGUCGGCGCUCGAGGCCGCGACGAUCGAGUCCAACAAGCCGUUGGAGCGCCAGGAGGUGUUUGAGAUCCUCUCGGACGCCACGGCGACGGGACAGAAGAGCAUCGAAGCGGCGACCGCCGGGUUCGAAGUGACGCCGACGUGGAUCGUUUCGGGUGCGUUCAUCAAGGCCGCCGACAAGGCGCUCAUCGAGAAGCUGACGCUCAACCGUGCGAUCAAGUCGGUCGAGCAAGUGCCCGAUAUGGAGCUCGAUCCGGUGCUCUCCAAGUCCAACACGGACACCAUCACCGCUCCUGCUGCGUCACCCAACCAGUGGGGUGUCGACACGGUUGGUGCGCCCGCCAUCUGGAAGUACACCAACGGCUCGGGUAUUGUCAUUGGCUCGAUCGACACGGGCGCCCGCCACACGCAUUUGCUGCUGAAGGACUCGUGGCGUUCUGACCGCGGCUGGUACGACCCGUACAACCGCACGGCGGUGCCCGAAGAUCUCGGCGGCCACGGCACCCACACCAUCGGCACCAUGACGGGCAACCGCGGCUACGGUGUCGCGCCCGGCGCGCAGUGGAUCGCAUGCCGUGGUCUCUACGUCAAGAGCGGGUCGGCGAAGGCGCUCCUCGAGUGCCUUCAGUUUAUGAUCUGCCCAACGCGCACGGACGGCACGCACCCCGACUGCUCCAAGGGCGCUGACACCUUUCACCCGGUGUACGAAGAAGCGAUCGCGUCGAUCCGCAAGGCCGGCAUCACGCCCAUCUUCGCCAACGGCAACGAAGGUCCGGCUUGCGGGACGACGGGUAGCCCGGGGACGUACCCGAAUGUCAUUUCGGUUGGCGCCAUCGGCUCGUACUCGAACGAGCCCAACAAGCUCGCGUUCUUCUCGUCCAAGGGCCCUGGCAACGACACGGGGCUCGCGUAUCUCGCCGGUACCUCGAUGGCGGCGCCGCACGUUGCUGGUGUCGUCGCGCUCCUCAAGUCGAUCAAGCGCGACCUGACGUACGACGAAAUCUACGCCUACUUGACGCAGACGGCUGACCGGGCGCUCGAGGGCGAGCCCAAGGAGUGGCUCGUCCCCAAUGCGACGUCCAACGGCACGGAUGUUUACCCCGGUGCACCGAACUGCGGCGGUGUCGACGACACCAAGUGGCCCAACAACCGGUACGGCUACGGCCGCGUCAACGUUGCCAAGAUCCUUGACGGUGGCAAGUUUGCGUCGGUCGCGACCCCGACGCCGGUGCCCCGGACGACGCCGCCAGCGCCGAUUGAAACGAACUUCUGCACGUACAAGAAGACAGCGCUCUCGGAGUGGAACCAGGGCUUGUACAUCGACACGAUCAAGGGCAACAAGAACGAAGGCUUCACGAUUGACCGCGUCAGCAACGUUAUUGCAGCGUACGCGCCCCCAAAGGAGGACUCGUACUGCCUUGCUCUCACCAAGGAUGCCACCAACACCAACACGGCGACGCUCACCAAGUGCAAGGGCGACGAGACGCAGAUCUGGAACGUCGCCCCGUGCUCGCCCGGUGCCGUGAGCCAGUACUUUGACGCGUGCGACAACGUCAAGGAGAAGAGCUACGUCAAGCUCAUCACCAAGACCAACAAGGUCAUCUCCGAGUUCUACUCGGGCGUCUACGCCGACUGGGUCUCGGACUCGGUCAACGAGCUCUUUGUGUAUGACAGCAACGCCAAGACGCUCCAGGCAGCUAGCAACGGUCAGUGCCUCGACGCCUUCCGUGACGGCGACAAGUUCGGCUUGCACACGUACGCCUGCGACGCCACCAACGGCAACCAAAAGUGGAUCAUCGACGCGGCCAACCACAAGAUCAAGCAUGCGACGCACAACAACUUGUGCUUGGACGUGGACCCGACCAACCCGAGCCACGCGGCGCAGGUGUGGGAGUGCCACAACGCCAACACCAACCAGUGGAUCGACGCUGUCAAGUACUAA